AUGACCGAGCCCGAGAAUUUCGAGGAAGACCUCUUCGCCGAUCUCUACGAUGAUGACACCUCAGCGAAGCCAGCUGCCGCCCAGCAACCCGCGCCGCCUCCUGCCCCAGUCGCCGUUCCUCAACCAAGCGUCGAGACACAUGCCGAACCACCUCCCCAGUCUGAGCCGGAAUAUGGUGGUGGUGGUGGUGAUGAUCAAAUGAAGUACGAAGAAGAGGAUGACGAUGAUGAAGUAGACUUCAACCUAGGUGGCGAUGGCGGCGGCGGCGGCGGCGGCGGUGGUGGAAGCACUGGCUAUGCGCCGCCCUCGAAUGGGUUUGCUGGCAACAAGCAAGAAGAAUCCACGUACUCGACAAGCACGGCCAAGAACCCGAGUGCCAAGGAAGACGGCAAGAUGUUUAUUGGUGGCCUUAAUUGGGAGACGACUGAUCAAUCCCUAAGGGACUACUUCUCUCAAUUCGGCGAGGUUGUUGAGUGCACCGUCAUGAGAGACAGCAGCACCGGACGAUCAAGAGGCUUUGGCUUCCUGACAUUCAGGGACGCCAAGACGGUGAACAUCGUUAUGGUCAAGGAACACUUCUUGGAUGGCAAGAUCAUUGACCCCAAGCGAGCAAUUCCUCGCGACGAGCAAGAAAAGACUAGCAAGAUCUUCGUCGGUGGUGUCAGUCAAGAUACGACCGAUCAAGAGUUCAAGGACUAUUUCGCCCAGUUCGGCCGUGUAGUCGACGCGACCCUAAUGAUGGACAAGGACACCGGCCGCCCUCGCGGUUUCGGCUUUGUCACGUUUGAAAGCGAGGCCGGCGUUGAUGCCUGCCUCAGCACCAGUCUGGAGAUUCACGGCAAGCCGAUUGAGGUCAAGAAGGCUCAGCCGCGUGGCAAUCUUCGCGAAGAAGAAGAAGCCGCACGGCGGGGCGGAAAGUUCAGGAAGGGCGAAGACGGUGCCCAGGGUGGACAAGGCGGGAUGGGAGGCGGCCAGAUGGGUGCUGCAGGGGGCAUGACGCCCCAAGUUAUGGCACAAUACUUCCAGCGCAUGCAGCAGUAUUUCGCUAUGAUGCAGCAACAAAUGGCUAUGAGACCGCGUCGGGGAGGCAGCAGCGGCGGCGGAGGUGCUCCCCGCGACCAGUACAACCAGGCUGGCGCAUAUGCCAUGGGCGGCGGUGGCGGUGCUCCGACAUCGUGGGAGGGCAUGUACGACGACGUUCCCCAACCGAACCAGGCCGGCCGGGGAGGCUUCAGAGGCGGCCAUCGUGGUGGCUCUCACAGUGGUGGCUCCCAUCAGGGAUCACCCGAUCCUGCGCAUGCCCCGCCUGCCAACGCGCCUACAGGGCCCAAGAACGCGGGCAGACCCGGCGCUAACUACCGCGGUGGUGGACGAAGCAGCAACCGGGGAUUCCAUCCUUACUCGCGUUAG